AUGCCUUUCCCCCGACACGCUCUCUGUAUUCCCGUACCUGUGACGUCGGAUUCUUCCGUCAGCACUUCCAGCCAGGUCAAGGCCGAAGAGCUUAAAGUUGCCCACAAAGUCGCCAAGAAAGUCACCACACCCGUCUAUAAAGCUGUUACCGAAGUCGCCCCCGUGGCCACCAACAAAACAUCCAGCAAAACCGUCAGCGGAUCCUACAAGAGACCAUCCAAUAGACCCGCCAGAAAAGCUGCCAAAAACACCGCCAGCAUGGCCUCCAGCAAAGCGACCAUCGGAGCCGCGACCAGAGCCGCCGCAAAGGUUGCCGUCAAAGCCUCAAAGAACACAAUCAACGUUCGGCAAGACGACGGAGAGAAGGACACGGAGAGUGAGGACGACGAGAUGGAGCAGGAGAGAGAGGAUCGACCCGGCCUAGUCAGGAUUCGCGCCCUCAAUAAGGCUCCCGGCCUGUGUUAUACCGACGAGAAAGGCAAGAAGCGUUGGCCUUGCAACCUCUGCAGCCGCCACUGGUCCAGAAAGGACGAGACACGCGCGCACCUGCGCAGAGUUCACUACGUCGAAAAGUACCCCGAAGGCUUCGAUAAGGCCCGCGGUCUGAAACAGGCGCAGUUGGACUGUCCUUAA